AUGGGCAAGUGUUAAGUAGUGGUAGAUACAACUUCCUAACAACUAUCUCCUCUUCAAAUACUUAAAACCCCCCAUGAACAGCAUAGCUCUUCCAAGUUCCAAGAAAGAAAAACAGUAAACCACAUUUUUCAUCAUUCAGAAAAAGAAUCGAAUCAUACAGGUUUAUUAUGGCAGGUGCUGUGUCGAAGGAAGAUGUGCGAGCCGGUGCUGAAAUUGUAUAUGGUCCUGAAGCAUGUUACAAUCAAACAAUGGAAUUUUUUCAGGAGCUAGGAUUUCCAAAAGGGGUACUUCCAUUGACAGAUCUUGUAGAAUGUGGACGAGUUCCAGAGACGGGUUUUGUUUGGAUGAAACAGAAAGCCCCAUAUGAGCAUUUCUUUGAAUCCACAAGUACUCGGGUUAGUUACUCGAUUGAAGUUACAGCUUACGUCGAGAAAAACAAGAUGAGGAAAAUGACCGGCGUCAAAAGCAAACAAAUGUUCAUGUGGGUACCGAUCACUGAAAUGAUUAUUAAUGAAGAUCCAGCUAAAAAGAAGAUUUAUUUCAAGACACCCAUGGGAAUCGGACGUUCUUUCCCAAUUACGGCUUUCAUGACUGAAGAAGAGAAGGAGAAGUUUUUGCUGGAGAACAAUGUCAUUACUUGAGAAAAGUAAGGUCUUAACUACCACCUUAGCUACUUAUAUUGAUUGAUUCGACAUGGAUGGUAAAAGAAUUAAGAGGCUGAUGAACAACACAUAAUUCAGAUGACAGGUCCCUUUAUAAUCUAUAUAUGUAAUUGUAAGUUUUGAGUUGUUAUAAUAUAUUAUGUUUUUGGAUGUUUUUAAUCUAGUUUUUGUUCAUCUUUGAUUGAAGUUAAAUUUUAUGAACAGUUCAAUGU